AUGUUGCUCUUGGUCUCUGCUCGAAGGAGUGUAAACGCUUUUGUUUCGCCCAACAAGCGGUAUGUGGCACGGACUUUCAGGUUGUUUUCGGCUACUGCUGAUGCCCCUCCAACUGCUCCAGCAACCUACCCAUUUGCUGACGUCGAACCAAAAUGGCAAGCCUACUGGGAAGAGAACAACACUUUCAAGACCCCAGAACGUGACAUGAGCAAGCCAAAGAAAUAUGUUUUGGAUAUGUUCCCAUAUCCAUCUGGUGCAGGUCUGCAUGUUGGUCAUCCAGAGGGAUACACAGCUUCUGAUGUCAUGUCAAGAUACUGGCGCAUGACCGGUCACGAUGUCUUGCAUCCAAUCGGCUGGGACUCAUUCGGUCUCCCUGCGGAACAGUUUGCUGUUCAGACUGGCGCCCAACCUGCGGAUACAACUGCCAAAAAUAUUGCCAACUUCAAGCGUCAAUUGAAGAUGCUUGGAUUUUCAUACGAUUGGGACCGCGAGAUCGCAACCACCGAUGUCAACUACGUCAAGUGGACCCAGUGGAUUUUCCUUCAAUUGUACAAGAAGGGCCUAGCUGAGCAAUCAGAAGUUAGCGUCAAUUGGUGCCCAGCACUCGGAACUGUUUUGGCCAAUGAGGAAAUCAUCAACGGAAAGAGUGAAAGAGGUGACCAUCCUGUCGAGCGAUUUCCACUUCGCCAGUGGAUUUUGAAGAUUACGGACUAUGCUGACCGCUUGGAAGCUGGCUUGGAUGGCUUGGAUUGGCCCUCUGGAACAAUGACUGCCCAGCAACAAUGGAUUGGAAAGUCCAUUGGUUGUCAAAUUGUGUUUGAUGUUGAUGGUUCAGACGAGAGCGUCACAGUCUUCACAACGCGAGCAGACACUGUCAUGGGGGUGACAUACGUGACUUUGGCUCCAGAACACCCGCUUGUCUCUGCGGUCACAACGCCUGAGCAAAAGGAAGAGGUCGACAAAUACGUUGCCGCCACAUCGUCGCGAUCUGACUUGGACCGCACUUCAUCAAAGGAGAAGACAGGAGUAUUCACUGGCGGAUAUGUCACUCACCCCAUGACAGGAGAGAAGGUUCCCGUUUGGGUUGGAGAUUACGUGCUUGGCAGCUACGGCACCGGCGCUGUGAUGGCCGUCCCAGCUCAUGAUACGAGAGACUUUGAAUUUGCCAAGGCAUUCGACCUAGACAUCAAAUGGGUCGUUGAGCCAAAAAAAGGCGAACUCAAUAAAGAGGAAGCUUUCACUGAAAGUGGUGUAGCAAUCAACAGUGGUGAAUUCGAUGGCCUUUCGACAAAGGACUGCAAGAAAAAGGUCACAUACAAACUGAAGGAAAUGGAAAAAGGAGGACCUCAAAUCACGUACAAACUCCGGGAUUGGGUUUUCUCUCGUCAACGAUACUGGGGUGAACCAAUCCCAAUCUAUUUCCCAGUCGACUUUCCAGAGGGUGUUGACCCUAUGUCGCAAGACCCAACAAGCGACGACUGCGAACACACCAUCCGCUUCGACCAAGCAAUCCCAGUAGACGAAGCUGACUUGCCUCUCGAACUCCCUCUUAUGGAAGAUUUUGCUCCAGGUGACGAUCCAGCAGGUUGCUUGGCUCGCGCCAAAGACUGGAGAUACUUCCAAAAGGAUGGCAAGUGGUUUUCACGUGAAACGAACACAAUGCCCCAGUGGGCUGGAAGUUGUUGGUACUACCUUCGAUUCUUGGACCCAAAGAACACCGAUGCUGCAUUCAGUAAGAAAGUGGAUGAGCAAUGGAUGCCUGUUGACCUGUACGUUGGCGGAGCAGAACACGCGGUUCUUCACUUGUUGUAUGCCCGCUUCUGGCACCAAGUCUUGUAUGAUCUUGAAUACACCCAGCAUCCAGAACCAUUCCAAAGGCUUGUUCAUCAGGGAAUGAUUCUCGGAAGUGAUGGUGAAAAGAUGUCCAAGAGUCGUGGUAAUGUUGUCAAUCCUGAUGACAUUGUUACUGCUCAAGGUGCCGAUGCCUUGAGAAUGUAUGAAAUGUUCAUGGGACCACUCGAAGCUGUGAAGCCAUGGCAAACAAGCCAAGUAUCUGGAGUUGUCCGAUUCCAAAACAAGCUGUACAAUGUUGUCAAGAUGGCUGCCGAGAAGAAGGUAACUGAGAUGGACGACGAGACAACACGUUUGUUACACAAGACGAUGAAGAAAGUUACCGAAGAUAUCGAAUCUCUGUCAUUCAACACUGCCAUUUCCGCCAUGAUGGUCUUGACCAACCACCUUCAAUCGUUGAAGGAAGAAGUUCCAUUGGAAGCGGCAGAGAAGCUUGCUUUGAUGGUGUCACCAUUUGCACCCCAUCUUGGAGAGGAGUGUUGGAGUAUCCUCGGCAAUGAAGAAACUCUCGCUUAUCAUCCAUGGGUGGAAUUCGAUGAAGAGCUUUGCAUUGACGACACUAUUACCAUGGGUGUACAAGUCAACGGAAAGGCACGAGGAGAGAUCACUAUCCCAGCUGAUGCUGAUGAAGCAACAGCAAUGGCUGCCGCCAAGGAGGUUGAUCGGGUGAAGGCUCAAAUUGAUGGUAAAGACAUCAAGAAGAUCAUUUACGUUCAGGGUCGAAUCUUGAACAUCAUUGCAAAGUAA